CUAAGAUUUCAUUAUCUUUCCAGAUCCUUCCUGGGCAUCAGUAAAUAGGGGAACUUUCAUAUGUGAUGAGUGUUGCAGUGUGCAUCGGAGUCUAGGGCGUCAUAUCUCCCAAGUAAGGCAUCUGAAACACACACCGUGGCCUCCAACACUGCUUCAGAUGGUUGAGACCUUAUAUAACAAUGGUGCAAAUUCUAUAUGGGAGCAUUCUUUACUGGACCCUGCCUCCAUUACGAGUGGAAGACGUAAAGCUAAUCCACAGGAUAAAGUACAUCCCAAUAAAGCAGAAUUCAUCAGAGCCAAGUAUCAGAUGUUAGCGUUUGUCCACCGCUUACCCUGCCGGGAUGAUGAUAGUGUGACUGCCAAAGAUCUUAGUAAGCAACUCCAUUCAAGUGUGAGAACUGGAAAUCUUGAAACCUGUCUGAGACUGUUGUCUUUAGGAGCCCAAGCCAAUUUCUUUCAUCCUGAAAAAGGAAACACCCCACUCCAUGUCGCCUCCAAAGCAGGGCAGAUUUUACAGGCUGAAUUAUUGGCAGUAUAUGGAGCAGACCCAGGCACACAUGAUUCUAGUGGGAAAACUCCUGUUGAUUAUGCAAGGCAAGGAGGGCACCAUGAGCUGGCAGAACGCCUUGUGGAAAUACAGUACGAGCUAACAGACAGACUGGCCUUCUAUCUCUGCGGCAGGAAACCUGAUCACAAAAACGGACAGCACUUUAUAAUACCUCAAAUGGCAGACAGACGUCUCAGCCUGGAUUUGUCUGAAUUGGCAAAAGCUGCUAAGAAGAAACUUCAGUCUCUAAGUAAUCAUUUGUUUGAAGAACUUGCCAUGGAUGUGUACGAUGAAGUUGACAGGCGAGAGACUGAUGCAGUCUGGCUUGCCACGCAAAACCACAGCACCCUGGUAACCGAGACAACUGUCGUCCCCUUUCUUCCGGUCAAUCCCGAGUAUUCAUCAACACGAAACCAGGGCAGACAGAAAUUAGCCCGGUUUAAUGCCCAUGAGUUUGCCACACUGGUAAUCGACAUUCUCAGUGAUGCCAAGAGGAGACAGCAGGGCAGUCCUCUCUCUGGUUCAAAAGACAAUGUGGAGCUCAUACUGAAAACAAUCAAUAACCAGCACAGUAUUGAGAGUCAAGACAAUGACCAGCCAGACUAUGACAGUGUGGCAUCUGAUGAAGACACAGAUUUGGAAACCACAGCAAGCAAGGCAAAUCGGCAGAAGAGCCUAGAUUCAGAUUUAUCAGAUGGACCAGUCACUGUACAGGAAUUUAUGGAGGUCAAAAACGCUCUAGUGGCUUCUGAGGCCAAGAUACAACAGCUAAUGAAGGUGAAUAACAACUUGAGUGACGAGCUGAGAAUUAUGCAGAAAAAGCUUCAAACACUCCAGAGUGAGAAUUCGAACCUCAGGAAACAGGCCACAACCAAUGUAUAUCAUGUGCAAACUGGUUCUGAGUACCCAGAUACUUCCAACCACUCUUCCUUAAAGCGACGUCCAUCUGCCCGGGGCAGUAGGCCCAUGUCCAUGUACGAGACGGGAUCAGGUCAGAAACCAUAUCUCCCAAUGGGAGAAGCAAAUCACCCUGAGGAGAGCAGAACAAGACUCCAGCCCUUCCCUGCGCACAUCGGGAGGAGUGCGCUUGUGACCUCCUCUUCAUCUCUGCCUUCCUUCCCCUCCACACUUUCCUGGUCAAGGGACGAAAGCACCCGAAGGGCUUCCAGGCUGGAGAAGCAGAACAGCACACCUGAGAGUGACUAUGACAACACUCCCAAUGACACGGAGCCAGAUGACACAGGGUCAAGCCGAAAGGGAAGGCAAAGGAGUAUGGUGUGGCCAGGCGAGUGCUCAAUGCCAGAUCCACCAGAGUCCCACACGGCCCCAAGCCCCACGCUCCCCAGCACCGAGGAUGUUAUCCGCAAGACUGAACAGAUCACCAAAAACAUACAGGAGCUCCUGCGAGCAGCCCAGGAAAAUAAACAUGACAGUUAUAUUCCCUGCUCAGAGAGGAUACAUGUAGCUGUUACAGAAAUGGCAGCAUUAUUCCCCAAAAAACCCAAAUCUGACAUGGUGAGAACCUCCCUUCGCCUGCUGACAUCCAGCGCCUACCGGCUCCAGUCAGAGUGCAAGAAGGCCCUCCCGGGGGACUCGGGCUCACCCACGGACGUCCAGCUGGUCACGCAGCAGGUCAUCCAGUGUGCCUACGACAUUGCCAAGGCCGCCAAGCAGCUGGUCACCAUCACCACCAAAGAGAACAACAACUGAACAGUGGAGUGCUGUCCUUUCUUUUUUCUAGACUUUUAAAAGUCCGAUUCAAAUUUAGACAUGGAACUCCAGAUUUUUACAAAAACAUUUAAUGACGAUUUAAAACUUUUUAAAAGAAAACUCAGUAUUAUUUUUGCAUGUUUUCUAACAAAUUUUCAACUAUUAAUUUAACCCACUUGCCUUAUUUCGUGCCUGUUUGCCCGUUUAGUUUCUGAUGUCCCGUUGUGUUGGUGACUGUGAGAUCAUGAUCAUACACAUCCAAAAGUACUUUCAUUGUUCAAAAUUCGUUAAAAUCCCUUUAAGCUCCCUACCUGUAGGUAAGAUCAUAAGUGAGAUUUUUUUUAGUAAAACAUUUUCUUGAGAGAGUUGAAUUAAAAAAAAAAAAAAGUGAACACCACCUGUUUCCCUAUCAAGCAUCGUGCAAUAAGUGGAUUUUCCAACCAACUGCAAAACAAGUUCAAGUUUGGGGUAUCUUAAGUUUGGGGUAUCUCCAAGCAUGUAUGUAGAGAAAGGACUUUGCCAUGUUCUAAAUUAGUGUUAACAACCUCGUGUAGGAGGGAACAAGGAAUUGCCUGUGUCUGUUUUAUUGUGUCUGAAUGUUCUGUUAUUUAAUUUUUUGUCUUUAUUUUCUAUCUGUUUAUAUUUUACCAUUAUUCUGAAGUCUCCUUACAGUCAGAUAAAGCAUUCACCUUCCACACCGUGUCCCAUGUGGCCAUGUUCAGGAAGGAGCACUACCCAUUGUCACCCAUCAUCAAGUACUCUGCCUUACCCCAAACCACACGGCUCAUUCAGAACGUGCGGCAAAGACAAGCAUCAGUUUAACAAGCCAUAACUAACUUUGUUCCACCUACUCAGAUGUCACUGCCACAAACUGACACUGCACGUCCCUUUCAUCCACACCUUGGUUCUCCUUUCCCACCGACAGCUUCCUCACAUGAGCAGCUUCACGCGUCCCAUCCUCUGUCGGGACCUCCUCUAAGGUAAGGUGAACGUCAUCCAAGUCAGCGUCUCCCCCUUCACCUCACUGGCACUUAGACGCCAGCUCUCAAGAAUUCCUGGCGGGGCCCAGUGGCGGAGCACAUGCAGGUUUUAUCCCCAGCACCACCAAAAAAAAGAAAAAAGGAAAGGACUUUCUUCGAGUGCUCCUAGGAAAGGAGCUGCUGAAGUCUAGAACAUGCUGCGGCUCAAGAGCCCGCUCUGGGCAGCAGUUCCUGGGGGGGGGGGGCUCGUCAGUGACCGACCUGAAGUACCCGUGAAUGCAGUGGGCCAGAGCACAGCAGAGGCCUGAAGAGGGACAGCAGGACCCCUGGCCACCCAGGCAGGGACAGCUGCUCCCCCACCAUACUCAUCACCAAUAGAAAAGUGGGCCUGGUGUGGCCAGAGCUUUUUUUGUGCCACAAGAGGCACCAGAAAUCUGGAUUUUUUUGGUGCCAACUCUCCAAUUAGAAAUGUUGACAGCCAAUCCAGACACAUCCACAGGCGGCUACUCCCAGGUGAGCUGCGGGCUUACGGCCUCUACCCGGGGCUAUAACCUUGAAACAGGAGCUCCUGGCUUUCCCUGGCCUCUGAGCCUGACCCAGAAGGUGGCGGUCCCACCCUCUGAUGUUGCCCUCUUUUUACCCAUAUGUUCUGUGCCAUGGUGAUCAUACCUGAGGAAGUCAAGUGAUUAAAGUACAAGUCACCUCGCAUGCUGACUGGGGCUGUUUUCACAGAACCAACUCCCACACUUUUACCCCUUGACCUAUGCUGUCCUGGAAGCAGUGUCACUAUGGUGCUUUGGGGUUUGCUACAUCAUGGCCUGUGGACACCUUUGGUUCGCUGCAGUGUGAACAGCACAGGAAAAGGGUUCACGUCCCUGAAGACUUCUUGCUUACUGUCUGCACAGCCCUAAGUGCCACAGGAGUGCUGGAUGCUCAGCACAUGCCUUCUAGAAGGGGCCUCCUGUCUGAGCUCCAGUGCUGGCUGAUCCCCUCUGUGUGCUUCAUGGACUUGCAAAUACCUGCUGCUCCCAGGCUCCCAUCGUCCUUGGGAAAGACCCAGUGGCCUGCUGAGCUGGUACCUAUGGCUCCCAGGGAGAACAGGUCUCCGUAGAGUCGUCUGCAGGAAGUGAAGUGGUGACUUCCCUUGAACACUCGGGACCUACAGCAGUUGUCUUUAUACCCUAGAGAGUCGAGGAUUAUGGGACCAACAAAGUAUUUCCAGCUGGAGAGCUGGCUCAGUGACCCCCAGUGCCAGACCCUGGACAGAGGCUCCCAAGUGCAGUGACAGGCAGUAGUCACUGUAGGAGAGCCCCAAGUUGCCCUCCUCAUGAGGUUCCCUUGUGUAAGACCUCUGUUCCUAGCGCCAGAGUUCUCUGUUCCUGUUGGCAAACUGCACCUUGUCUGCGCACUAGUCCUGGCCUUUUUUUGCACAUGGAUUCCACAGCCUUUCACAAGUCAUGUCUGCAUCCUGAAGUGUUUCUUUGCCCUUAUUCUCAACUCUCCCUCCCGCCUGUGCACCCCACUUCCCUGAAGCCAACAGGACAGAGUUGCACUUUAUGAACAAGCACUUGUGCUAAGCAGGAGGAAGCAGCUCCACCCCCAAGCCCCGCUCCUUGCACUGAAAUCAUCUUCCAGCUGGGAAUGCAGAUAGUUCAUAUUUGCCAAAGAACAAUGGAUUGGGCCCAAAGAUCAAAUACAGCAUUUCAUGAAAUUGGAACUAGAAGCGCACAACUUGGGAGCUGCUACCCAGUUCCCCAGGCGACUUCAGUCGCAGAACUCAGAGUGAAACUAGCAUGGUUUUACCCUCGACAGCACCUGUGAGCUUCCCAAUAGUAGGAUUUUGUUUUCCUCCUUGUUCUGGUUGAAGCUGACCUUUGUUCUUACAAAAGAAAAAUGCUGCAUAGGAAAAAAAUGAGAUGCCUUUUAUUCAAAUGUGUUUUCUCUGUGUCCCUCAUGACUGCUUACUUCUCAUUUUUACUGUACAUCCUAUUCCUGUAAUUAUUGUACCCUUCACGUGUUGUAAAAUCGUUUCGGGAUUUGUGCCUGCUAGUUAUGCAAUAAACAGGCUUAUCUAUAAA